AUGGAUGACACGGAGAAGCCACCAAUGCGAGAUUGUGCAGUGACUCCUCCAGAAAUUCGAACGGAGAAAGGCACUGUGUUUUGGCUCAUAUUUCUCUCUAUAUGCAUUUCGCUCUUUCUCUCUGCUCUAGAACUCACCGCAGUCUCCACGGCCUUACCCACGAUUGCGCAUGAUCUUCAAGCCACCGAUUUUGUAUGGGCAGGGUCGGCCUAUGCUCUUUCGUCCACAGCGUUUCUACCAAUGAGUGGGAAUUUCGCGCAGAUAUUCGGGCGUCGCCCUGCGCUCCUAACGUGUCUCGCUCUAUUCGCUCUUGGAAGCGGGAUUUCCGGGGGUGCGACAUCCAUGCCGAAGUUGAUUGCAGGCAGAACUGUUCAAUCGCUGUCCGCUAUCAUUUUAUCCGACCUCGUUACCUUGCGCGAACGAGGGCUCUAUGCGGGAUUGUUUGGAUUGACAUGGGUAAUUGCCAGCGUGAUCGGGCCUAUCGUGGGUGGAAGUCUCGCGGCCAAUGGCCACUGGAGGUGGUUAUUCUAUCUGAACCUCCCUAUCGCCGGACUUGCAGCUACGUUCGUUCUGGUAUUCCUGCGGCUGCCAACUCCUCCGGGUACCUUUCGCGAGAAACUUCGGCGCGUGGAUUGGAUUGGCAAUAUGCUCAUCAUAUCCAGCUCUACGUCUGUCAUGAUCGCUCUCACAUGGGGUGGAGUCACGGCACCGUGGGCAUCGUAUCGUGUCUUAGUACCUCUUGUGCUAGGACUCGUGGGACUUGCGUUCUUCAUAUUAUACGAGAGCAUCUGGGCGAUCGAGCCAUUGGUGAAUCCCUGUUCGUCCCUUCUUUACCGAGGCAUGUGCUCAUAUUUUACAGGCGCCAAUCUCACUAUUAUCAAACCGCACAAGUCUCAGCGGGUACUUGUCCAGCACUACUUCCCCGUCUUCUGGCAAGGUUGUAAGGAUGCUUCUCCAAUUAGAUCAGGCGUUCUUGGACUGGGCGUCGCUUCACUUGCUCCUGCAUCCAUCUUUGCUGGUGUUGGUGUCAAUCGAACCCGGCGGUACCGCCCGCAAAUGUGGGCUGGAUGGUGUUUGAUCAUGAUAGGGCUUGGCCUAUAUACAACCUUGACGGCCCACGUUUCUGAAGGCCGGGCAGUUGGCUUCAGCGUUAUUGUCGGGGUCGGAAUAGGGUUUGAAUAUUCAACCACCAUCUUUCCUGUGCAAGCUCCUUUAUCAGUCACGCAAAAUGCCCAUGCGCUCACAUUUCUGAUGUUCAUAAGGUCUUUCGCAGGGGUUUGGGGAGUAACCAUAGGUUCUACAGUGCUACAGAACGAGCUUGUGCGACGCUUACCUUCGGGAUUUCUCGCCAACUUUCCUGCCAGUGCUUCGAUUGCAUAUUCACUGAUUCCCGAAGUUCCGUACCUUCCUUCUCCGCUUAAGCAGGAGGUUCAAGCGGCUUUCGCGGAAAGCUUGAAUGCUCUAUGGGAGGUACUCCUUGGCGUUGGCGGGCUUGGCGUCAUGUCUUCGUUGCUUAUGAAGGGAUUACCGUUGCACGGCGAGUUGGACAAAGAUUGGGCUAUGAGCGGUGAGACUUGA